UGCAACUGACGAGCAAGCAAUUGGACGGAUUUGGCGGAAAGCGCACAAAACCAGUGCAAAUGCAAUGGCGACAUCACCAACAAGGCGCUUUCCAGAUUCCUCCCAAAACUCUAAAUUAAAUAUUCAUGAUCUGCAAGACAACUGGUUUCCAUUGAUUUGAUCGUCCCUUGUCAAUUGCGCUCUGCCAAAAACAAGGAAAUGCUGCUAUUUCGGUUGCCAUCGUCUAACAUCUUCACUCUCUUUCCAAAACCCUUAACUUCGCUUCCUAUCGUCUCCGUCUCGAGAUCGCGAAUGGCUUGUUAUGCGACGUUGGCGUCUCAGUCCCCGAAGCUCUUGUUCCGUCAACUCUUCGAGAAGGAGUCCUCUACCUACACUUACCUUCUCGCCGAUGCUUCCCAGCCUGAAAGGCCCGCUCUUUUGGUUGACCCAGUGGACAGGACAGUGGAUAGGGAUCUUUCUCUUGUUAAAGAUUUGGGAUUGAAGCUGUUGUAUGCUAUAAAUACCCAUGUACAUGCUGAUCAUGUCACUGGUACUGGACUUAUUAAGACUAAAGCUCCUGGUGUAAAAUCUAUCAUUUCCAAAGCGAGCAAUGCAAAAGCUGAUCUCUUUGUUGAGCCUGGUGAUAGAAUUUAUUUUGGUAAUUUCUUUUUGGAGGUCCGUGCAACUCCAGGUCAUACUGCAGGAUGUGUUACCUAUGUUACAGGGGAUGGACCCGAGCAGCCUCAACCAAGGAUGGCUUUCACGGGUGAUGCACUAUUAAUACGUGGAUGUGGGAGGACAGAUUUUCAGGGAGGAAGUUCAGAGCAGCUAUAUAAAUCAGUGCAUUCACAGAUCUUUACUUUGCCCAAGGAUACAUUGGUAUAUCCCGCUCAUGACUAUAAAGGUUUCAGUGUUAGUACCGUAGAAGAGGAGAUGCUCUAUAAUCCUCGCCUAACAAAAGAUGAGGAAACUUUCAAGAGCAUCAUGAAAAAUCUGAACCUGGCAUACCCGAAGAUGAUAGACAUAGCCGUCCCCGCAAACAUGGUCUGUGGGUUGCAAGAUGUUUCUCCCAAAGCCAGCUAAGCUGUGUUAAACCCCGAUGUUAAAGGAGAGCCAGGCUAAAGCUUGCAUGUGCCUGGAGAUUGGGAAUGGUUAAUGUGGCAUUUGGGGUGUAAAAAUGUGGAAUAAAUGGGGUCGCCGGGAAUGUGUAUGGAGUGAGAUGCCAUAUCAUUGGAAGUUUAUGAUGCAAGUGUUUUUGAGAAUAAAUCUGGCGUUUGGGUUUGGCUUGGUGUGGUGUGGUGUGGAUUAAGACUUGAUAUGUAUGUAUGUAUGUCUAUGUCUGCACAUUAUCAUUAUUGAUGUGUCAUAAAUAAAAUUCUAUUAAAAGACAAAAAAGUUUAAAAGUUCAAAGUAUCA